AUGGCUGAUAAGUGUCAUUGGUGUCUGCUGGGACUGAUCUUUCUCUCUUCACUUCACACAGGUAUCAGUGGAGUGAAUGAGACUCAUGUGUUCAUCAGUUCUGGUGAAAAUGUCCGUCUGCCCUGUAAUAAUGCUCUUCAUGACUGUAAAUCAACUACAUGGAACUAUGAAAGACUCAGAGAUUCAGCAGCAGCUGAACUGAUUGCUGGAGGGAUAAAGAAGAAAGACAUGAAGGGUCUGAGUCUGGGGUCUGACUGCUCUCUGAACAUCAAAUAUGUCACAAAACAAGAUUAUGGAUCUUACUUCUGCAGACAAUAUGUGAAUGACAAACAACAAGGAACUGAUGCUCGAGUUUUUCUGCAUGUUCUUCAGGUCUCUUCAUCUUCAUCAUCCUCACAGACUGAGAUCAGUGCAGGCCGCUCUGUGACUCUCUCCUGUCAGUUGUAUUCGUAUGCUGGAGUCUCUUGUGAUGAUUGGAUCCGUUCUGAGAGAAUUGAGCUGUUCUGGGUGAAUCAGGCUGGUGUUAAACUGACGAGAUCAGACUCCAGAUAUCAGAUAUCAGCUCCAGAUCACUGUGUCAUCACUCUGACAACAACACUCCUGAAUGAAGAUGACAACAGAGAGUGGAGAUGCAAUGUUACUCACAGAAAUCAAGUCAAAACCUCUGUCACAUAUACUGUCAAGAGUUCAGAUGAUGCAUCUGAACGUUCAUCUUCUGCAGCUUCAGAUUCAGCGACAGUGACUCCAGUCAGCUGCUCAAACUCUGAGACGACAUCAAGACAAACUCCAGCAGCAGCUCCUGCACAAGUGAUUGUGAUUACUGUUGAGUUUGCAGUGUUUGCUGCUCCUACUGUGAUUCUUCAGAUCAUCUGUGCAAGAAGAGCUGAAAACAAAGAAAAACUCUGA